AUGCGGGAGCUGAUUCCCAACUUUCUGCUCUGGGGAAGCGUUGAAAAGGAUGUGGAUCCUGUUCCAAACAAUAGAGCCUGUAUUUUGGGGGUCUGGCGUUACCUGAAAGGCAAAGACAUCGUCACUCAUGAGAUCCUCUUGGAUGGUGGGAACAAGGUGGUUAUUGGUGGCUUCGGGGACCCAUUAAUCUGCGACAACCAAGUCUCAACGGGGGACACACGGAUUUUCUUCGUCAACCCUGCCCCGCAGUACAUGUGGCCGGCGCACCGCAACGAGCUGAUGCUGAACUCCAGCCUCAUGCGGAUAACGCUGCGUAACCUGGAGGAGGUGGAGCACUGCGUGGAAG